AUGGCCGGAUACAUCGAGUUCGCCUCGUCUAGUGAGGACGAAUUUCCCGACCUAGAUGUUAUCCUGCAGAGAAGUAAACAAAUUUGCCAGCCCGCCAGAGCACCUGCACAAACAGCGACUACUAGCAUUGAUAGUGACGAUGAUGCUUCGCCCUCGAGACAGCUUGAGGAGGAAGCUCUUCAAUGGAACGCUUCAAACUUGAAAGAUUCCAGGAUCGGGAAGUCAGCCGUUAAGACGCCGCCGCCAGCUGUGCGACGUCGGAAGCUUGGUGCAAAGGCAGAUAACCCCUUGUUGAGGCCAUUCGGGGCCUUUUCAAGGAAUGAGGGGCAGAAUCUUUUCGAUGUCCCUAUUCAAACCAAAAAGAUGCCCCGUGUGGGCGUUAGGGAGCUACGCGCUAGAAGUCGGGACACAACGCCGCCGGAGAAUUCAUCGCAGAGGUCAGAGGAGGAAUCAGACGAUAGCACAAACGAGCAGACUGAGAUUACCGAAGCCGAUAUUUCCGAAUUCUUCGGUGAUUCUACCUCAGACUUCGAGGACGAUGGCACCCCGACACUCCUUGGGCACGAAGAACCGGCUUUAAGAGUUCGCGGUCCAGUACCGGGCCGCAGUCAAGAGGCGAUGGCACCAAGGCAAAAGGAUCACCAGCCAGUCAAAGAACCUGCACCAGGAAUCGACUUCCCAAAACUCGGGCCAUCCAGCCAAAUCAGGUCUCGAAAGGUGACCAAGACGAAGGAGCGGAACGCCGAGUGGGUGACUGGGAAGAAGACGACACGGCCAAAGUCAGCGAUCGUUGAUCUGACUGACGACAUGGCAGAUGCUCUUCGCCGGCUAGACAUUACCACUGAAAUACCAAAGAAGCAAAAUAAAACCAGCAACGAUGACGUGCCGCCAAGAACCCCGCCAUUGACGCCACUGAAAACAUCCAGCAAAUCACUGGUGUCUCCCAAGAAGCUCCCAAGCAUCCCAAAGACACCUCAUGGACCUGGUAUGGACAUGUUUUGGAGUAAGGAGUUUGUGGAUGAGUGGAACGAGGAGCACUCCCCUAAAAAACUGGUAUUGCCUCCGGUCCAGAAGAGUCCGGCAAAAAAUCACAAGGCAAAGGAACAUAAAACAGCGACAGUGAAUCGAAAGGAAAGCAAGAAGGCGUUCGAGCAGAGAAAACAUGACGUCGCCCAGACCUUCCUCCGGGAACUCGACGAAACCAUCACUCAGGGCAAGCUAGAGGCCCUCGCAGAGUCCACAGGAGGAAUCAAAAUCCAGUGGUCGGCCAAACUCAACACCACAGCAGGUAGGGCGAACUGGAGACGCGAAACCAUCCGCAGCAAGCACGCAGACGGGUCCGAGAAAGCAGUCACGCACAGGCACUUUGCUUCCAUUGAGCUCGCGGAAAAGGUCAUCGACGACGAAAAUCGCCUCCUCAAUGUCGUCGCGCAUGAGUUCUGCCAUCUGGCCAACUUUAUGGUCAACGGCAUCACUGGGAAUCCGCACGGCAAAGAAUUCAAGGGCUGGGCGGCCAAGUGCUCGCAGCGGUUCGGGGACCGAGGCAUCGAGGUGACGACGAAACACUCGUACGAAAUUGAUUUCAAGUACAUUUGGGAUUGCACCGAGUGCGGGCUCGAGUACAAGCGCCACUCCAAGAGCAUUAACCCGGAGCGCCAUCGGUGCGGCUCCUGCAAGGCGCAGUUGAAGCAGACGAAGCCGACACCCAGGGCCGCCGGGAAGCCGUCCGAGUAUCAACAGUUCUUCAAGGAGCAGAUGAAAGUAGUCAAGAAGGAGUACCCCGGGAGCCCGCAGAAGGAGGUGAUGAAGAUUAUUGCAGAGCGGUGGGCAAAACGAGGUGGUAGUACCCGAGCCACGCCCGACUCGGAGACGGACGUGAAUAAGAUCGGCUCUCGGUUGGUAAAUCUGACGUUAUAA